GAUCCCCAGACAUGCCCCUUAAUUCCCUGGGAUUAAGGGAAUUAUUGUGCCCCUUUCAUGCUGAGUCACGUCCCCAGAGCGCACCCAGGUAAACAAACCCCUGGGGUUUGGGGGGUGGGACCGGCUCAUCCUGUCAACCAUUCUCCAUCCCCACCCCCAGUCCUUGUAUCUCCCCUGGCAGCAGCCACAGCGGGCCCAGGCCGCUGUGACACCAUAUACCAGGGCUUCGCCGAGUGUCUCAUCCGCUUAGGGGACGGCAUGGGCCGCGGAGGCGAGCUGGAAACCGUCUGCAGGUCUUGGAAUGACUUCCACACCUGCGCCUCGGGAGUCCUGUCGGGCUGUCCGGAGGAGGCAGCCGCUGUGUGGGAGUCGCUACAGCAAGAAGCUCGCCGGGCCCCGCACCCGGAUAACUUGCACGCUCUGUGCGGCACUCCUGUGCGUGUCCAGGAGCGUGGCGCGGGCCCCGAGACCAACCAGGAGACGCUGCGGGCAACAGCGCCCGCACCCACCCCGGCUCCCGCGCCCCCGCUAUUGGCGGCCGCUCUGGCGCUCGCCUGCCUUCUGGGGUCUCUGGCCUAGCCAACCGGUCGGGUAGCAGCGCCGCUGCCUCCAGCCCUGCUCUAGCAGCUAACGUCGGGGCUCUGCAGAGCGCAACGCGCUUUCAUUAAAGGUAUUUAU